AUGAGUACCACUGUAGACCAGCCAAGUAAAGCAAGCAUGGCCGCCCACGAGAUCGAACAUACCGACGUUGAUCAUAACCCUCAUCAUCAACAUCGUCAGAAUAACAUCUCAGCGCUGGAUCUGGAAGAUGACCCUCACCGCGCUGCCCUGGAAGACAACCCCGACAAAGCUGAGAUUCCAUCCUGGUCCACUCUGCUUGCUGUACUGUUCCUCGGCCUCUCCUUCGUCGCCCCCGUCAGUAUCGGCUUCACCAUGACCGCCAGCGUGAUCGUGCCCAUCGGCACAGCGCUAGGCGACGUGACCAACAUCACUUGGAUCGUCGGGUCGUGGUCGGUCGCGAGCUCGGUGUUUUUCUCACUCGCAGGCAGUCUAAGCGAUGUCUUUGGACGGAGGUGGCUGAUCAUUGCCGGAAACGGUGUCAAUCUGGUGGGAGCGAUUGCAGGAGCAACUGCUCAAUCCGUCGAGGCCGUGAUUGGGGGAAUGACCCUGCUCGGAGCAGGGUGUGGGUUGAUAUUUGUCGCCUACGCAGGGAUCCCAGAGUUGUUGCCGAAUAAAUGGCGGGGCAUCGGCCUGGGCUUCACCGAAUUCUGCAUUCUGCUCCCCUUCGCCGGUCUCGCCGUAUUAUUAGGAAACCUGCUAACCGCCAACGCCUCAUGGCGCUGGAUUUUCUACCUAGCCAUCAUCUACAGCGGGGUCAGCCUCGUGGGCGUAACUGCAUUCUACUUCCCCCCUUCCCGGCCACAGGCAGACUACGAGAAAUCCCGCUGGCAAGAGGUUAGAGAACUCGACUAUAUCGGCAUCACACUAUACACGGGCGGGCUCACUACAUUGCUAAUUGGGCUCACUUGGGCCGGCACCACCGCGCAUCCGUGGGCAUCAGUCAGUGUGAUUGCGCCGAUUGUCAUUGGCGUCGUGACGCUGGCAGCAUGUUUCGUCUACGACUUCUUCGUCCCUAAGAACCCGUUCUUCCCACUGCGGCUCUUUCGGCAAGUUCGUGAGUUCACGCUGUUGCUCUCCUUCGUCUUCGUCGCUGGCAUGGUGUAUUUCACGAUGGCUGCGCUGUUGCCGUUGGGAGCGUUGUACAUGAUUACCAAAGACCCCGUGGAGAUUGGCGUCAUUUCGAUUCCGGGCGGUCUGUCGCAGGUCCUUGGUGGCUUCGUUAUCCCUGCGCUGGUGCACAAGUUUAAACAUAUUAAGAUCCAGAUCCUCGUGGCGCUGGUGAUCCAGACGGCCUUCACGGCGUGCUAUUCGACCGUGAUCCCGACGAAUAAAGCUGGUUGGAUGGCGUUGCAGUUCUUCGCACAGGCUUGUUUUCCCUGCGUUACGGUACUGUGCUACGUCACUGCCGGGUUGCACGUUAGACAGCGCGAUCUGGGAAUCGCGUCUGGACUGAUCGGUACGUUUCGAUCAGCGGGCGGUUCGGUGGGCAACGCGGUCUUCAACACCAUUCUCAACAGCUACAUCUCGUCGCGCCUGGGGCCGAGCAUCGCAGCUGCGGCAGUCGCGGCGGGGUAUCCCAGUGACGGCCUCGACCAGCUCAUUCCCGCUGUUAUUGCAACGGGGUCCGGUGUUCCCGAGCAAUUCGUCGGGUUGAACCCGCCUGUGAGUGCAGCGGUGCAAGCAGCGUCGGCGGAAGCUUUCAGAGAUACCUACGCUUACGGUUUUAGGAGGAUGUUUUGGUGCACGAUCCCCUUCGGCGCUGUGGCUGUGUUUGCGGCGUGUUGGAUCAAGGAUCCUAGUCGAUACUUGACGAACCAUGUUGCUGUGCACAUGGAGAGAGAGGUGGUUGGCGGUACCAGCACCAGUGUGGCUACGAAGGGGUCAGUGGCUAUGAGCGUGAAUACCCCGAGUGAAGGGGAGAAGAAUGUGGAAGUUUAA